GAAUAGAGUGGUGUGCAUAAAGCCAAGAACCAGUUUUCCCCGUUCGUUCAUGUGAGUUUGAACUUUUCUCGAUUGGGACGGGCUCCCAGAACUCCCCCAUACACGGAUCAUCUCCGGCGCCCACCCUCCCCAACUCCGGCCAAAUUAAACCGACCCAGACCUUAAUUAACCCGUGCCCGACCCGCAAUCUGCGGGGUUCUAUUUUUGUGUGUGUGUCGAGUUUAUUAAUGCAGGUGGUGCAGGGACGACGUAAAGUGCCGUCGUGUCUCAUGCGGCGGCUCUGACAUGCACCGCCGCGGCGAGGAGGAGGCGAUGGCGGCGAAUCAGGUGGUGAAGGUGAGGAGGGAGGCGAUUGCGUCAUGCAUGACAUGCCCCCUCUGCCAUAGGCUCUUCAGAGAGGCCACCACAAUCUCUGAGUGCCUCCAUACGUUUUGUAGGAAAUGCAUUUAUAAGAAGCUUCAGGAUGAGGAGACAGAAUGCUGCCCGAUAUGUAACAUUGAGUUAGGCUGUGUCCCAGUCGAGAAAUUGAGAGCCGAUCAUAGUUUGCAAGAUGUGAGGCUGAAGAUCUUCCCUUACAAGAGACAAAAAGUGACUAUGGCAGCUGAAAUUGUUUUGCCAUCAGUUACAACAUUACAACCAGUGAGGAGAAAGGAGAGAUCACUUUCUUCAUUAGUGGUCAGCACACCGAGUGUUUCUUGUACUCAAACUGGUGGGAUGACAGGAAGAAGAUCCAAAUCUGUUGCAAGAAAACCAAUGAAAGGUUCCAGUUUUCCCAUUGAGAAACCUCUAAAGAAUGAAGAGUGUUCCAGUUUUCCCAUUGAGAAACCUCUGAGGAAUGAAGAAUGUUCCAGUUUUACCAUUGAGAAACCUCUGAGGAAUGAAGAAUGUUCCAGUUUUCCCAUUGAGAAGAAUGAAGAAAAAUCAACAGAGGAUCAGCCUGCUGAGAGCUCUAGCUCGCCAGAGACUCUUAACAAGUUCACCCAAAAUAAAUCUUCUUCAAAUGCCAAGCCAUCUGGCCAAGAUCAAGGAGGAACAGAGAAUAAUUCUGAGCAGUGUAAUGGAAAAGCUGAUCUGUUGAAACCUCUAAGCUGUCUAGGUGAAGCUGCAAAAAUGACCGAGCCUUCAAGGUCUACUUUGCAAGGUUGUGCCCAAUCUGAACCUACACAUCUUGCUGACAAUGAGGGCCAAGCUCACAAAGUCAAAUUAAAUAUUUACAACAUUGGUAACGGUAAUCAUGCCCAUCCCGUAUCAGAAAACCCUAAAAAGAUACGAAGAGUUCGAAAGAAAGCUUCAAAUUCUGGAGACUUUGGUGUUUCACCACAAGCUGUGGUUGAUGCAACAACUGCUAUAUCUGAAACAAGGGCUAAACCAAUUUGGUUCUCGCUUGUGGCAUCUGCAAACCAGGAAGGAGAAGCACCCCUACCCCAGAUUUCUGCAAGCUACUUGAGAAUAAAGGAUGGGAGUAUUCCAGUUUCUUAUAUACAAAAGUACUUGAUGAGGAAGUUAGAUCUCAAGAGUGAGGGCGAGGUUGAGAUUAGAUGUAUGGGGAAAUCAAUAGCACCCACACUACAGCUCAAAAACUUGGUUGAUUUGUGGCUUGAAAUGACUACCCCCAAGAGAGUGUCUGCCGCAAUUGGUUCUUCGGCAAAGGAUUUCGUGAUGAUGUUGGCAUACGGGCGUCACCGGGCUCAACCCGCGGGCGCUCAAACCUCUGAAGACUGCUCAUUCAAAUUCAUCUAGAGAUGUUGUGACAAAUCAAGUCCUUAUUCUUUUGAGAAAUAAUAACAAUAUUGCUAAUAAUUACAGGAUGAGUUC